CAGCGCGCGCGCUUAAAAUAGACCCGGGGAGAUUGACGUUAAUUGAAAAUAAGAAAAACGCAAGAAGAGCCGCGCUCCGUUCACACGUCUUGACGGGGAAAAUGGUGCAUGUUGGAUGGUGAGAAUGUUGAGAAAUGAGAUUAUCCAGCACACGCUCGGAUGCGAUACCGACUAAGAGACUCGGCAGGUUUGUGGUAAAAGAGAAUUUGUUCUGGAAAAAUUAAUGGCUUCACCUUCUGAACUCAUCAACCAAUAAAAUGGAGUACUUGGCGGUGUACACCUCUCUGUGGAGAUGCCCACUGGAUCUACCUGCCUGUGUGGCGUGUGCAUAUUCUGUGCUUGUUUGAGUGCUAGAGUGUGAUUUUGUAAAACCAGCAAGUGUGUUUAAGUUAAAGAUUUUUUUAGUGUGAAUGUGAGUGUUUACUGUUAAGAGGGACCAUGUGGCUCACACAGUCAGCAGCUUAUCUGCCGCUUACCCACCUGCUCUGCCGACCUCUGAAAUUUACCCUGUCUUGGCUGUUUGUGUGGUUGAUGUGGUCAAUCUCCAUGGCAACAGCACUGACCUACCAGCCCACAGUAAACACAGCACUUGGCAGACUAAGGGGGAUGCGUGUUGCUGUGGCGACAGAGGGUCUAGGCCCUGUGGACCAGUACUUGGGUGUGCCCUACGCUGCCCCGCCCGUAGGAGAGAAACGAUUCAUGCCGCCCGAUGCUCCAUCAGCCUGGUCGGGUCUACGGAACGCCACCCGGUUCCCUCCCGUGUGCCCACAGACUGUCCGUAACGCAGUGCCCGACAUCAUGAUGCCUGUGUGGGCCACCUACAACCUUGACACGGUCGCUACAUACCUGCAAGAGCAGAGCGAGGACUGUCUGUACAUGAAUAUAUAUGUACCCACGCAAAGUGGCACUAAGAGAACAGGGGACAUGUCAGCUGACACAGAUCGCACAGAGGAUGAUGGGCUUCGGGAUUCUCGAGAUGACCCCCGUCCUGUGAUGUUGUUCAUUAAUGGUGGCUCUUACAUGGAGGGUACAGGGAACAUUAUGGAUGGCAGUGUGCUGGCCAGCUACGGCAACGUCAUUGUCAUAACCCUCAACUACAGGGUCGGAAUACUUGGAUUUUUAAGCACUGGUGAUCAGGCUGCUAAAGGGAAUUAUGGUCUCUUGGAUCAGAUUCAGGCCCUGCGUUGGAUCAGUAAGAACAUUGGAUAUUUUGGUGGCGAUCCUGGCCGUGUCACGGUGUUUGGCUCAGGAAUCGGAGCGUCCUGUGUCAGUUUGCUUACUCUUUCACACCAUUCCGAAGGUUUGUUCCACAGAGCAAUCAUUCAGAGUGGCUCAGCUCUGUCCAGUUGGUCAGUGAACUAUCAACCUGUGAAAUACACUCGUCUCCUUGCAGAGCGUGUUGGCUGUAAUGUCCUUGACACGCAUGACCUGGUCCUCUGCAUGCAGAAACGUAGCUACAGGGAGUUGGUGGAACAGGAAAUUCAGCCAGCGCGCUUCCAUGUGGCCUUUGGGCCUGUGAUUGAUGGUGACCUCAUCCCUGAUGACCCUGAAGUACUCAUGGAGCAGGGGGAGUUCCUUAACUAUGACAUCAUGUUGGGCGUCAACCAAGGAGAGGGUUUCCGCUUUGUAGAGGGUGUGGUGGAGCCAGAAGAGGGUGGAGUGUCUGGUUCGGAUUUUGACUUUGCAGUCUCCGAUUUUGUGGAUGGUCUAUACGGAUACCCAGAAGGAAAGGACACUCUGAGAGAGACCAUAAAGUUCAUGUACACAGACUGGGCUGACCGGGACAAUCCAGAAACUCGCCGCAAAACUCUGGUGGCCAUGUUUACGGAUCACCAGUGGGUGGAGCCAGCUGUGGUGACGGCAGACCUGCACGCACGCUAUGGUUCUCCAACCUUCUUCUAUGCGUUCUACCAUCACUGCCAGAGCCCCAUGAAACCACCAUGGGCUGAUUCUGCACACGGUGAUGAGCUGCCCUAUGUGUUUGGAAUUCCACUUAUUGGCCCGACAGAACUCUUUCCCUGCAACUUCUCCCGCAAUGACAUCAUGCUGAGUGCCGUUGUCAUGACCUACUGGACCAACUUUGCAAAAACCGGGGAUCCAAAUAAGCCAGUUCCUCAGGACACCAAGUUCAUCCAUACCAAGGCAAAUCGUUUUGAGGAAGUGACGUGGGCCAAAUACAGUCCCCAUGACCAGCUGUACCUGCACAUCGGGCUAAAACCACGUGUUCGGGAUCAUUAUCGUGCUACUAAAGUGGCCUUCUGGAAGCACCUGGUGCCUCACCUGUACAACCUGCAUGACAUGUUCCACUACACGUCGACCACCACAAGGGUUCCACCUCUUCUGACCACGCAUAGCUCUCAAAGCGCCACGCCCCGCCCCAACAAGGUCCGUACCCCUGGUAAACAGCCCCCCCAGUCCACAGCACGCAGUGGACCACUGGUCAUCGCCAACCCGCGCGAUUACUCCACCGAGCUGAGCGUCACUAUCGCCGUUGGAGCUUCGCUCCUCUUCCUCAAUGUGCUGGCCUUUGCUGCGCUCUACUAUCGCAAGGACAAGCGCAGUAGACAAGACACCCCCCCUCAGGCUGCAUCUCAACGACAGACCCCACCCAAUGACCUCAGCUAUAUGCCCACUUCCAUUUCAGGGGGGAACCAAGAGGAAGGGUCAUUGUGCGACCCCCUCCGUUUGACACCAGCUUCAUCUCCGCGGGAUUAUGCCCUCACACUUCGCCGAUCACCGGAUGACACCCCUCUCAUGACACCAAGUUCUGUCGCCAUGACACCGGAUAGUGGCAAUAUGACACCCAACACUGUAACCUUGACACCCAAUAGUGUUACCAUGACACCCAACACCAUUACCAUGUCACCCAAUUCUUUGAUGGGGUAUCCCAGCAUGCACCCUUACAACACAUUCACACAUGGAUACAACUCCACCACUCUGCCCCACCCACACUCAACAACACGUGUAUAACAUGCAACACAAACACAUACCCACACACCAACUCACCACACUCACAUGCAGUAAAUGAACACUACAAAUCUCUACAACACAAUCACUGCAAUUCCAAUCUAUUAUUAUUAUCAGUAUUUAACCAGAUCAAAGCGGUGCAAACUGUUAUAACUGUAUUCGAAAGUACAAUAGCAGGUGAACACAAUACGUAACACAAGCACAAUCACCUUAGAUUUCUUUCAUUAAUAUGAAUCAAUGCAAUUCAUCAGGAUAAAUCCAAAUGAACACUAUAUACACCAUAAUGAAGCGUGUCAGUGCAACACACUGGUGCAAUACAAUGUGAACCAGAAUGAAUGGUGUCAGUUUCACACUGCUUUUGUAGAGUGACUUUCUGUAUGUCUGGAGAGACAACAUUCUCAUUAUAAGAAUAGAUAAGAACCUGCUCUGCAGAACCAUAUAUAGUAGAAAGGCCAGACUUCCUGAGGAUGAGCUGCAAUACCGCAGCUGACUUUAGGUGGUGCUGCAAGACUCUUAAACCCGGCAGGUGGAGCCCGGAGAAAGAACAGUAGAGGUUGCUGGAACCCCAUAUGUGGUUCAUUGUGAAACAACCAAGCUCUUAUUAUAAGAUAUUUAAUAACAUGUAAUAACAAGCAUAUUAACGACUAUUGUACAGUUAUAACAUAUGUAUUAACGUCAAUGUACAGACAGCUUUUUUGAAUGUGUUGGAAAAAUUAUUUCUAAUCAUUUUUAAGCUCAGAUUUUUUUCCAUAUCAAAGAAAUUCAUUUUUUGCAUCUCUCUCUCUCUCUCUCUCUCUCUCUCUCUCUCGCUUUUUUCUCUUUCUAUCUCUCUGAAUGGAUGAAUUGUGCAUUUUACUUUGGUAUAAACAAUUCAUUUAGUUGUACAGUAGCUUAUACAAGCAGAUCAAAUCAAGUAUUUUAAAGAACACAUUGUGUGUGUCUAUUUGUGUGUGUGUGAGAUUAUUUGUGAGUGAGAGAAAGCGAAUGUGUAGUGUACAAUUUUAAAGUUAAAUAUCUUUAGAUAAUUUGUCAUGCUUAAUGUUUUCAUUUUGUGCAAAUGCUUUUUAAUCAUUUGAAAUAUGUAUCGUAUCUGAGUUUGUUUGAUAUGUUUUGUGAAAAUGUUCAAUUUAAAAGCAUUGAGAUUUUUUUCUGUAUUUGUCAGUGAUAUGAUAUCACUCAUAAAGUUACAGUAUAUGACGUCACUCAUGACAUACAGGCUUUGCUGAGAACUUAUGAUGCUAUUCUUUCCUAUGAUACAUGAAUGUGGUGAUACGUCAAAACACAGGGAUUUUCUGACAAAGGUAAUUAAAAAAUAUUGUGUUAAAUAUGGAACUGAGAUUUCACAGGGGUACGGUAGUAUAGUAAUGGUGUCAUAACCUGCCAGAUGGUUAGAUUAUUCAUGUUACCCAUGCUAACCACCCCUGCCAUGAAUUUUGUGCCAAAUCUGGAUACAGUUUCCUUGGUAACCAGCAGAAAGUUUGUCUUUAAAUGUAUUUGUGUGAAAGUUCUACAGCUUUAUAAAAUAAUUUGCAGUAUUGAUAACAGUUUGAGUUCAUUUGGACAUUGAAAAGGAAAGACACUGGUAAAUGGAUCCAUGGAGUCAGACAACACCAAGUGUGUCUCUCCUGGCAGAGGUCAACCUGUGUGCAACUGCUCAGGUCUGUUGGUACAACAGCUUGCAGAAGUCUGUCCUUUUAUACUCUGUACAUUUCUGCCUCAAAUUUGAAGUAAAUAUUGAGUUUUCCUUCUCCUUUGUUCUUUAAAUUUGACUGAGACUGAAGUGUGUGUACAUACUUAGCUUUAGUUUGGGAACAAAUCCAUCCAUUGGGGAC